CUGGUGUUCAUCGAGAAAAUUAGGACCCGUCGUAAGAUUUAGCAUUGAGGUUGGAAAAGUGCUGGUUUUGUUCCUCUACUGUAUAUCCUGGUCAUGGGAUUCAGUUUGUAAGGAAUGAUGCAAAGAUAUUUAGAUUUUGUCGAUCAAAAUGUCACAAGAAUUUCAAAAUGAAGAGGAAUCCUCGCAAGGUAAAAUGGACAAAGGCUUAUAGGCGGUUACAUGGCAAGGACAUGACUCAGGAUGCAACGUUUGAGUUUGAGAGGAAACGUAACAGACCAGAGAGGUAUGACAGAAACCUCACGGAGAACACUCUAAAGGCCAUCAAGACGAUUGACAAAGUCAGAUCUCGUAGGGAGGAAGCACACCAUAAGAACAGGAAGAAAGGUAAGAUUUCAAAGGAAAGAAAAGAGGCAAGAAAGGAACUUGAUCAACAUAUCCACCUGUUGGUCGCUCCUGGUGCAACGGAUAAGCUCACCGUCAAGGUUCAACAUGAAUCUACCGAUGAGAACCGCAUGGAAGAAUGACAUCCUAUUCUUGUAACUUGAAUCUUUGACCCGUUUUUGAGCAACUUUGAAAUCACUUGCAAUCUGCAGCAACCACUUUGAUAAUGUAAAUCAUAAACUUUUACAUUAUUGACGGUGUUGUUGCGCAUCAUAAAGAAAAUGCCUUUGAACUUUCUUUACUCCA